AUGAACGCCCACCGCCUCCUGUACGUCCUUCUGCACGCCUGGUGGGCUCUGCUCCGGGCAGAUGCCGACAGGGUAGGCACCCUGCCGCUGCGGACCCUGGGGCAACCCUCAUCUCCCUCCUCUCUCGCGUAUAUGCUAAGGCUCUACAGCGACCCGCUGCUCAAGGCUGACUUCGUGCGCAGCCUGCAGGCGCAAGAUGUGGAGAUGGAGGGGCAGAACUGGACCUUUGCUUUUGACUUUUCCUUCCUGAGCCAAGAAGAGGACCUGGAAUGGGCCGAGCUCCGGCUGCAGCUGGCCAGCCCCCUGGACCUUCUCUUCAAGGCUCCUGUCUCCAUCAAGAUUUUCCACCAGCCAAAGCUGGACACAGAGCAGGACCCAGCUGACUGCCAGGAGCGUCUUCAAAUGGACCUGUUCACUGUCACUCCCACCCAGGUCACCUUCUCCUCGGGCAGCAUGGUCCUGGAGGUUACCAGGCCACUUGCCAAGUGGCUGAAGCACCCUAGGGAGCUGCAGGAGUGGCUGUCCUCAGAGGCCAGAGAGUGUCAUCACCGGCCCCCCAAGCCACCGGUCACUGGCGUGCUGCUUAUGCUCUACUCUAACCUAUCCAAGGAGCAGAGGAGGCAGCGAGGUGGCUCCACGCUGCUGUGGGAGGCUGAGAGCUCCUGGCGGGCCCAGGAGGGACAGCUGGCCCGGGAGAGGGGCAGGCGGUACCGUCGACAUCACCAGGCCGACAAGAACAAAAUGUGCCAGAAGGUCAAGUUCCUGGUGGACUUCAACCAGAUUGGAUGGGGCUCCUGGAUCAUCUACCCCAAGCAGUACAAUGCCUACCGCUGUGAGGGCGAGUGUCCCAUCCCUGUUGGGGAGGAGUAUUUCCCAACCAACCACGCAUACAUGCAGAGUCUGCUGAAAUAUUACCAGCCCCACAGAGUCCCCUCCCUGUGCUGUGCCCCCGUGAAGACCAAGCCAUUGAGCAUGCUCUAUGUGGAAAACGGUCGCGUUCUUCUGGAUCAUCACAAAGACAUGAUAGUGGAAGAAUGCGGGUGCCUUUGA